GAAGCAGCUUUUCCAGUGCAGCCGGUGCACAGCCCUGGCUCCUUGGGAACUGCCCCUGAGUGGAACUCUGAACGCCGAGAAGGUGUCUUCCCUGGGCAAGGACUGGCACAAGUUCUGCCUGAAGUGUGAGCGCUGCAACAAGACGCUGACCCCGGGUGGGCACGCUGAGGUAAGGGCUGCCGGGGCGGGCAGGGUGGGAGCUGAGCUGGCACAUCCCGGUGGGAUGGGAAUCCCAAGAACAGGGCUGGGACACAUCUCUGAUGCCGUGCAAGCCCAGGAGAACACCCUGCCGCUUCAACCGCUGCUGCUGCAGCUCAGGGUGCUCAGUGCACAGCCCUGGGCGAGCCACGGAGUGGUGCUGGCAGCCCGUGCGCUGCCCCUGUUCCGGCAGCCGGGGCUCGCUGCAGCUGCCGUGGGGCUCGGCACGCCCCAGGAAACACCCGCAGCUCUGGGCAGACUUGUUCGGGCACCUCCCGGGCUUCGGAGCCGUGUGUGUGCUGAACCUGCGGUCCAAAAGCCCAGGAAUGGGGAAUGCCCGUGUUGCCACGGCAACGGGAGCUGGGCGCAGAUGCUCUGUGCUCCCUGCAGCCUGUGCUGGAGCGCGAUGCUGCUGCCACUCCCCAGCGCUUGGGAGUGUGAAGGCGAACCCUGCUGGAGCUCGCAGCUGCCCGGGCUGAGCUGGAUGUUGGUUGUGUCCCUGUGUGACACCCGGCGCCUGGGUUUGCUCGGCAUCUGUCAUUCCGCGGUGUCACCAGCUCCUUAGCCCGGCUGUAGCAGGCAAGGGCAGCAGCGGGGACAGCCGUGCUGGUGGCCCCCAGCGAGGUGGAUCCGUGCUCCAGGCCGGGUUAAGGCCGGAAGGUUUGCUGCUUCUCCAUAUAAGGUUGGGUUCUGUUCCCAUAGGGGACGGCAGCCAAGCCCCACUGACUGUGCCGGCAGCAGAUUUGGCCCUUCCCUGCUUUUUCUCCCUCCUUUUGAGGAGGCUAGGUUGGGAAGGUGUCGUGGGGACAACAGUUCAAUGUUUACCCUCCCCUGUGGCACGGUGGCACCGUGAGCACACUCAUAUUUCUGUUCAGCAGCCUCAUUGCCCUGCCCCACCUCUGGCUGUGCCAGCACCUCUGCCCAGCUGCCACCCUGCCCUUCGUGGGCAAGGAGUCCAGAGGGUGGAACAUGGGGCACGGGGCAGGAGCACGGGGCAGGAACACGGGGCAGGAACAUGGGGCAGAACAUGGGGCAGGAACAUGGGGCAGGAACACGGGGCAGGAACACGGGGCAGGAACAUGGGGCAGGAAUAUGGGGCAGGAACAUGGGGCAGGAGCACGGGGCAGGAACACGGGGCAGGAGCACGGGGCAGG